AAUUGCCAUUCUUCAUUAAAGUAAUUAAACAUCUAAACUCAAACCAGCCAAAGCGACGCAAUCAGAAUAUCGCAGUAUACAACCACUGAUUUGUAGGAUAUAUACGAUAAAAUUCUAUAUCAAUUGGUCUAUUCAGAACCGAAAAAGCCUGCGCACUCCCGCAGUUACACCCGGUUGCGUCCCAAAGCCCAGUCAAAACCGCAACCAUGGAUCUAGUCAACCACCUAGAAGGCCGGUUAUUGUUUGCAGUGCCCAAGAAGGGCCGACUUAAUCAAGCUACCCUCAACCUACUGGAGGGUGCAGACAUACAAUUCAGACGAGAGAACCGACUUGACAUAGCCCUAGUCAAGAACCUCCCCAUCGCUCUUAUAUUUCUCCCGGCCGCCGACAUACCUACCUUUGUCGGAGAGGGUCAAGUUGAUCUAGGAAUCACGGGAUGGGACCAAGUGCAAGAGCACGAUGCUGGCCAGCGAGCGCUAUAUAGAGCGCGAAGAUUCUCUGGAGAAAUCACCCCAGAAGAAGAAACCGAACGAAAUUCGCGGGGUUCAGGGUGCGAAACAGUUAUGGAGCUAGGCUUUGGUGGCUGCAAGCUGCAGGUUCAGGUACCUGAAAACGGCAGCUAUAACUCGCCUAAGGACCUAAUUGGAAAAAAUAUCGGUACAAGUUUUGUGCACCUGGCACAAAAGUACUUUGCCAACUUGGAAUUGGAGCAGGAUGUUAGCAACGACACAAUUAACGGCACUCCGGUCAAAUUUACCAGCAAAUUACGGACCAAGAUUAUUGAGUUGAGUGGCAGUGUUGAGGCCGCCUGCGCCCUGGGCGUGGCGGAUGGAAUUGUCGAUCUCGUUGAAUCUGGAGAGACAAUGAAGGCUGCGGGGCUAAAGCCAAUCGAUACCGUAGUCGAAACCUCUGCGAUAUUGAUCAAGUCGCGAAAGCCUUCCAAUCAAGAACUUGUUGACUUGAUCGCUGCCCGAAUUCGCGGUGUCAUUACUGCCCAACGAUACGUGUUGUGUCAAUACAAUGUCGAGAGGACCGGUCUUGCGGCCGCAACGAAGAUCGCACCAGGAAAGAGAGCGCCCACAGUAACUUCACUGGAGGAAGAGGGAUGGGUCGCUGUGAGUGUCAUGGUUGAGAAGAAGAAGAUUGCGCCGAUAAUGGACGAACUGUCUAAAAUUGGAGCAACCGACAUCCUGGUAUUAGACAUUGCGAAUACCAGAAGUUAGAGAGUGGGAUUGUGCAUGCAAAAAAAGAAAUAGGAGGGGAAAAGUGAGCAUUUCUCAAAAGAAGGGAAAAAGGAGACACAUGCGUAUGCUUUUUAUUUACCGAUGCCGAUACUUAACCUUUAUCUCGCUUAUAAAUCCUCGCAAUUUAGACCAAUACCAUGAUAUCUGAAGGAUUUACCUGUUAUCUCAAUCUUCAAUGUAGAAAAUUAUAAUAUGAGACAUCGUAGCAAU